GCGGUGCUCUCGGCCUCCGCCGAGGUAGGCAGUCUGUGAGCGGCGCCCGGGCGCCUGGGUAGGCGCCUCCCGAGCGACGGCGCCCAUUUUGCCCUCCCGUCCGCCGAAGAGAGCUGUGCGCGGCCUACGCUCUUCGGGGACAGCCCUUUGAGGCGACGUCGCCGCGAACGCCGGCCUCUUGAGCCAGGGGAACGCUCUGUUGAAAGUCGGUCCCAAAACAGUUAAGGUUUUAUUUUCUUUUGUUUUAUUUUAAGUCACAGCCCCCGAAUCUCGUACAACUCUCCCUGGAUCACUUCCGGUUACCGGCCCGCGUCUCGCAACUUCAGUUCUGGUGACCUCGGCCCGGGCUGCCCCUCGGCUCGCCCCGGGCUCCCGUCGCGAUCUGGCUCGAGCGGCUCGGGGUGGGAGACCUGGAAGCGUUAGCCUAGCUGUUCUCGAGGUGGAGUAAUUAGCUCAAGAAACGUUAUAUUCAUAUUUCUGGAUAUGCCACAAAAGGAUCCGUGCCAGAAACAAGCCUGUGAAAUACAGAAAUGUUUGCAAGCCAACAAUUACAUGGAAUCAAAGUGUCAGGCUGUCAUUCAAGAACUGCGUAAGUGUUGUGCUCGAUAUCCCAAGGGAAGCUCUCCUGUCUGCUCAGGAUUUGAAAAAGAGGAGGAAGAAAAGCUGACACUGAAGUCUCCAUCAAAGUAAAGUUCUGCUGAGAAGUUAAAUGCUGCUUCAUUUCUACCAAGAACAUUUCGUUUAUCCUCCUGACUUUCAGGCCAGGUAGCAGCAAAUAGCAAAUGAAAAAGUCAACUACAAGAGUUAAUGACUAUGUCAUCUAUGCAGAAUAUAGGAACAGAAAUGCAUUCAAAGAAAAAUAUGUAGGAUGUAAAAACCGAGCUGCUAAAAUAAAGAUGUGUAAGUGAAAA